AACCUUACUGAAACUGCAAUGGAAAUAGAACCCAUUGACAAAGAAGUAAAUGACAUUGAAAGAGAAAUCACAAAGACUCAGGAAAAUGAACCAAACGCUCAAAUGAGAACCCUGAUAUCUAUGAAUGAUAAAAAAGUUGAACAAUAUAAAGAUAAUGAGCUAGAAAUUGAGAAUAGGGAAACAUCUUCUAGAACAGUUGAUGCUUCUGUUUCUCCGAAUAAUGAUGCUCUAAAUGAGACAAUAGCAAAUAAUGUUAUAGAAGUGAAUCCAUGUAAAAGUAUUGAUGGUAUCAGUAAAGAAGUUGCUGCUGAAGAAAAUACAAAAGACAGUGUCCAGAACUGUAAAGCAAAUAAAAUCAGUACUAAUGGUAUUUCUGAUACAGAUCUCAAUAUGGAAAGAAAUGAUAGUGUAAAUACUGAGGGAAAUGCCAAACCUGAAGCAAAGGAAGAAGAAAUUCAAGGUGCAAAUGAUAAGACAAUUGACAAUGAACACGAAGCUCACGAUAUAAAAACUAUUAUAUCCAGUGCUGAAGACAAUAUCUCUAAGGAGCCUGCAGUUUAUAAAAGUACAUAUGCUGACACUGGCGAGGCUGAUGGUGAUGACUGGGAUGCUCUUUUUGAUGAUUCUGGAGAAGCUCUAGACCCUUCUCUAAUGGAGGAGCUUACAAUUGCAGUUGGGAAGGUGAAGGUACAGAAACCUCAGUUUGACUAUUACAACUACACUCCCACAGACACUGAUCUCGACUAUGACAUGUACGGUCAUCUGAUAGAAAUCUAUGAAUUCCCUGAGGAGUUCCAAACCAGAGAUCUCAUGCACAUAUUCAAGGACUACUUAGAGCAUGGCUUUGAUAUCAAGUGGGUGGAUGACACCCAUGCAAUAGGAGUCUUCUCUAGCGUCAUAGCAGCAAAUACUGCAAUGCGGCUACAACACCCAAUGUUGAAAGUGAGGCCAAUAUUUGAUGCGACUCCUCAGACUAAAAGGAAAGCAAAAAAAUCAACAGAAUUCCUCCAGCCAUACAAAGAACGACCAGAGACCUCUGCUUCUACAGCACGUCGCUUGGUGUCAGGUGCCUUGGGUAUAGGAACUAAGAUGUCGCGAGAGAAGAGGGCGGAAGAAAGGCAGAAACUGAAAGAAGCAAGAGAUAAGAAGAAACAAGCCAACAGAGCUAAGAAAGAUGCCUGGGAUGGGAGUAUAGGCCGAUGUGCCAUGGAUGAUGUAUAGUUAUCCCUUGGACAUAUGAAUUUUUCAAUGCAGUUCAAUGUAGUUGUUGCAAAACAUAGUGCAACACAUAUUGCAAGUUUCCGACAUCCUGUUAAUCCAAUGUUGCAACUUUUAUGAAUUGACUGUAUCAUAUAUUAUAUAUCUGCAAUUUAGUCACUUUGUCUGGUACAAAGUUUGCCUUGGGAAAUGGCUUAGAUUUUGUAUAGAUCUAAAGCUUUAUUUAUUACUGUGAGUGAAAAAGUAUUGAAUCACAUUUGGCAUGAAGGCAAUCUAUAGAUGCCAAGAUACAUUUUAGUGUGAAUAAAGCAGAUUCCCAACCCUAAUUGAAUGAAAUGGACUCUAAUUUUUAGUGUAGUUACCAUAUAAUGUUUAAAGCUGAUAUUGAUUUUAAUAUAUAUGAAUGUGAUGAAUAUUUAUAAGGAAGAGUCAACUUGAGAUCCAAGGGGUGUUACUCUUUCUAUUUUCAAGAAUUUAGUGAUAUUUUUUAUUGUACAGUUAAGUGUAUCUGACAUUAAAGUGCUUGAGAAAUUAUGAAUUAUGAAAUGAUUUAUUAUUGCCAAGAAUUGUUAUUCAUGCCAUAGAUUGACAAAAUAUAGAAUCUAAACUGAAGCAGAGAAAUUGGCUGCAAAGCUAAAACACAAUAUUUGAGAAUUAUGGAAUAUUUAAAGAAUGAAAUUGUAUGUAAUGUUAAUCAUCAUUUGAUGAAAAAUUGCCGCUUUUGUCCAAAUAAAAUAUGUUCCAUUUGUUG